GUUGAAGUCUUAGGGGAUUUGAAAAUGUGCUUCCACCUGAACAUAUUGAUUUAUUGCUGUCUACAGAGAUGCUGGAGAUGCUUAGUGUUAGAUCGAUUUAUUAAUACUGCUUAAAAUAGAAACUGAUUAGAAGAAUGGCUUCAAUUGGACAAAUAAUCUUCGGGAGUAUGAUUUUCCUUAUCAUUUUAAUCUCCGGACUCAUCAUUUUAAUUUUAGCUAUUGCAUUUUCAGUGUCCCAAGGUACGGUUGAGACCAGUACUCCUUCUACUGUGGGGGAUCUUGGACAAGACGUGGUGCUGGAUUGCAAGUUUCUUAUGAGCGGCAGUGGGAAGCUUGAUGAUGUGUCAAUCACUUGGUUAAAGGAUGGCCUUAGAGGGGUGGUCUAUCAAUACAAGAACAAAGCAGCUCAACUUCAGGGUCAGAACGCACAGUUCAAAAACAGAGCUCUACUGUUCCAAAAUUAUAUUUCUAAAGGCAACGCUUCUUUAUUCCUGAGAAAUGUGAAGUUGGGAGAUGAGGGUGUGUAUCGCUGUAGCGUCAGUGCGGCAAAAAUCUCAGGAACGGUCAACGUUAAUCUUAGAGUGGCUGCUUUUUCAGCUCCCACAUUUACCAUACAGACAAAUGGUUCUUUAACUGCUGAGGCUCAGAGAUGGUUUCCCCAACCUGAGGUUACCUGGUCAAGUCAGAGUGGACAGCUUUUAAACAGCAGCAGUCAAUACAGCAACAACUCUGUUGGGAUCACACGAGUUGUCAGUGUCCUGAAAGCACCAGUAAAAGCUGACGACACCUACACCUGUGUUAUACAAAACAAUGUGGUGAAAGCUGUUGCGGAGGCAACUGUCAAAGACAACAAAGUGACGGGGAGGACGUACUUCAUUUUUAGUGGUGCAUCUACAAAAGUAUUAUCCUUGCAUGUGCUGUUAGCAGUGAUACUUCUUCACUUUGUUCUAGACUGUAUAGUGAUUGGUUGAUGGUCAAAUCAACAAGCCCAUUGUAAGAGUUUCAUAUUGUUUUUGUGUAAUGGUUGCCUAAUGGGUAUUUAUUGUAUCCGUGCAUUUGAUGGCUGUGCGAGUCAUUUGAAAGCAAUGUUUGAGAUAGCUUUGAGAAAUGUAGCUACUAUAUACUGUGUAAACAAUUGUAUCAAUAAGUAGGUGAACUGGUAAAAUGGCAACAAACAAUAAUGGACAAACCCUAAAUGUAAACAAUAUAAAAUAGCAAGUCAAUUUACAGUAUGAAUAUGAAACCCUGUAUGCUAUAAAAACAACUAACUCAGUAUAAUGAUGCAGUGCAUGUAAUGAUAAUGUUACAGUAGUUUAAAGUGUUAAGUGAUAAAGUGUCAGUGUAAAGUAUCAUUUUUAAAGUGUCAGUGUUUUUUAUGUAAAUAGAGAAGCUUGGGAACAACUUAGGCCCGGUUUCACAGCUUAACUUAAACCAGGAAUAUGCCUUAGUUGAAUUAAGAUAUUUAUGUCGCUUUUAUAAAAAUGCCUUAGAAGAAUACAUUAAUGGUGUGCAUCUUGAGACAAAACAUGGCACUAAUAUAUUUUAAGAUAUUUCUGGGCAAGUUAUAUUCGGUUAAGACAGGUCACACAUUCAUUUUAGUCUGGGACUAGCCUUAUAUGGAGGACUAAACCUGCAAAAAUUAUAAAUAAAUAAAUGUAUAAAUAAAUAAAUAUAUAAACGAAUAAAUGUAAUAAUAUGAAAAUAAAUAAAGGAAU